CAAUCUUUGUAGGCUUUGUCUCUGGGUACCUGCCAGCCAUCUGAUUCUGAACUGGUUGGCAUCCGCAAAUCAAGCCUUCCUGUCUUGCCAUCAAAGUACAAUACCGCAGUAAAAUGAACAAAAGAUCAACACCGCAAAGAACAACCACAGCCUCAAAUGACAAUCUGACGAGUCACAGCGAACGACUAUCUCCUCACCGGGCAAGGCCGGCAAGCAAGACGAAAAGGACCUUUGAGACUGACAUAAGAGAAGAAGGAAACAAAACCCGCUCGCUGUACCUUGCUAAACGUCACGUUGAAAAGCAAAAUGGUACUUUGUACGACUGCAAGCUGGUGCGCACGUCGCUGAGCCUACAACAUCAGCUCUCGCCCGCGAGAUGCACUGUAGACACUAAAGCUUGCUGUGGAGUCCGUCAAAGCGACGCCUGGGACAGACGGGGCGAUGCAGGAGGUGUCGAAGGUGGAGUGAGUGGUGGAGUAGGAGGAGGAGUCGGUCGUGGUGUAGGCGGUGGAGUGGGGAGAGGUGUCGGCCACGGGGUCGACAUGAUGAGUCUUUCAGUUGCUGCGCUGUAUUUCCGUGGGAGAUGAACAGUAUAAGGCUCGGGGAAAGGCCGCCUUUAUACGUCCACUCUGUAUACUGGACAAGAUGCCAAAGAAUGGGGUUGAAUGAGCCU